GCGGCAAUAAAAUAUCAGAAUGUCAAAUAAGCAUUUUGAGCUGUUGUGAAUAUUGAAACAUAAAAGGAGAAAACAGUCAAAUUAUUAUGGCUUUAUGCUGUGAUUGUGAAGCUUUAGAUGAAGCAUUUGAAAGGUUUAUAACCUGUAAACCUGUUCAACCCAAUACAUGUUCAAGGAUAAUGGAGACCAUAACCGAUCAUUUAAGAGUUCCAUGGUGCGAUGGGCAGGGGGCACGAAAACUGGAUCCGGAUAUUCUCAUGGCAGCUGUUCUUCUAUUAACAACAAUGUUUAUUGCUUCCCAAAGUUGGACAGCUACAAUUGUAGUAUUUGGACUGUUGCCUUUCUUGUUGAUUGCUACGUAUAUAAGAUACCUAAAAAUUCGUACACAAACCAAGUUUUUUUUUGCAUGGACAGUGCUUUCUUUCUCUUUUCUUCUUGGAAUUUUCCAGUUUGAAGUUGUCCCAUAUCUUGAAAUUCUAUUUUCAGAAAAUUUCAUUUUAAUGUGUUUUGUGGCUAUCAUGUGUCUUUGUGGCUAUCUAACAAAACAAGGACCUGGACAGCCACCAAAUGGUGAAGUUUCUGAUCAAGAAGAAGGAGCAAUCAAAGAUGCUGUCAACUUGGUAAUUGAAGAUCAGAAGACCAAGUGUCGUGUGUGUUCCAUUCAUCAACCUCACAGAUGUAGCCACUGUCGAAUCUGCAAUCAGUGUGUGUUAAGGAGAGAUCAUCAUUGUGUGUGGUUAGACUGUUGUAUUGGGGCUAAGAAUCAUCGCUAUUUUAUCAUAGGACUAGUUGCCUUGAUUAUAGUUUGUUGCUAUGGUGCCAACUUAACACUGACAACCAUAUGUCAACCUAAGCUGGUGUGGGGGACAGUGUAUUUGCCAGACAGUUGCAACGAUGUGUAUGGCGACAUUCACAUUGCCAUGUGUUUUGUUAGUGCUGUCUAUGCUCUCCUUAUUGCUGCCUUGGCAGUCCUUGCUCUAGGCCAACAGCUUUGGUUUAUUUGCUGUAACACAACAGUCCAAGAGUGGAGAAGAGGACGACAAGGUCAUUACAGUCAUGGCAUUCUCUGCAACUGCUGGAAGUUCUGGUGUGGUGGAAACCUUUAACUUAGGUGUACAGUACAGUGUAAUUCUAGUUAUAUUGUAUCAUAUUAAUCACCUCAUUUUUAAAAAUUUAAUUUGUCAUAACUAUAACAUAUACAGCAGUGGUCCCCAAUAGGUCUUUGAAAGCCUGAUUCACAGCCCACACUAUGACCAGAUAUUUUAAAAGUAAGCAAAACUCCAUCUGGAAAAUGACGUAUUCUCCAACAAGGUCAGGCCCACUAUAGAAGAUAAUUGGGGACCACCGACAUACAGCGUAUUCCUCUACAAAAGGUUUUAUUACAAACUUCAGGCUUGUAGAAAAGAAAGAUAGAAGUAUCUAAACACAAUUGGAAACUGGUUCAAGGUGUGCUUAGAAUUGAAAGGUUCUGACACCUCAAAGUGUCCCUAAAUACAUUUUAAACAAGUUUUAAAUGGCCAUAAAUGUUUAACUGUAGUAAUUAAAUAUUAAUUGUAUGUAAAUACUUGUACAUCUAUUCAUGUUUGUGCAACAUGAUUUUAGUUCUAAGUUAUAAAUAAACUGGAUCAGGUUAUCAAAUGUAUUCUCUAUGUAGCCUGAUCCUUGAAUAUUUUAAGUAUGAUUAUCCUACAAGUAUAUAUUCUUUUAUCUUCUUUACAGGAAAGUGUGGUCUGUAUUUUGAAAAUAUAAGAGAAUGUUAAUACAUACUGUUGAGGAUAAGAAAGAUUGAUCAUUUAAAAGAUGUAGGUUACAAAUUUUGUAGAGACAAAUACUUCGAAGAUGUUUUCACAUCUAUUCAUAAUAUAAAACAUCAAUUCUCAGCAAAGAUCUGAAGAAAUCAACAUUGAAGACAAAGCUACUAGUGUAAAACCUUAUAACUAAGCAUAAUUAACAUUACAAAGAACUCUGACUAAGGGAAAGUUAUUGUGGCCACUAUUAAUAUGUAAGUAUAUAUCUGAUGAAUUAUUUUUAUCCAGAACAAGAAGAAAUGAGAUUAUUUUGAAUAUAAAUUUUUAUAAUUCUAUUUUGUCAGACUUAAGCGAACUUGAUAUAAAAUGAGAGAAAUUGUGUUUUUCUUUCCUAUGCUUUGAAUGUCGAAUAUGUACAUGCAAAAGGAACCAUUAUGUUUUGAAUAUUGUGUUGUAACAUAAGUAGGUUUUAUUGAGUCCCAUAAUUUACUUCAGUUCUCAAAUGAAUGUUACAUCUAGCACAGAUUGUUUUAUUACUUUUAUAUGUUUGUUUACUUCUUAUGAACGAGCCUUUAUUUUAUAACUCCACAUUAUUUGAUACUUGAGUUACAGGGAUUUAUAAUGAACAAGUUUCCUUUUUGUUUUUACAAUAUUUGAAUGUAACAAACCAAUUAUGUGUGUUUUUAAUAGUUGUUUUAUUAUAUUUUAAUGUUCAUUAAUUCUCGUGCCAACAUUUUCUUAACAGAUGGUCUGUGUUCCAAGUUUCACACAAUAUUUACAUAAACAUGUGUACGAGAUACUGGUUUUUAGAACCAAUUAGUUUUGUUUUUUAAUCUAAUGGCUUAUAUAUACAAUUGAAAAAUUAAAACUUUCCACCAGGUCUUGCAAUCAUUAAAAUCCUAUUCUGUGAAAAAAAAAAAGAAACUUUUAAAAAAUCAAUGGAAAUUAAGUAUUCUACGCAGAGUUAAUAUUAAACAGUAAAUUAUUCUCAAGAGGUUCUAUCUGUGUUACUACAGAUUUUUAACUUUGUAGAAAAGAAUGCUAGAAAACACAUUAUUACUUGUGCAGUUGUAUGUUAAUAGUUAGUGAUAAGAAGCAGUGUUUUGCAUAAGUUGAGAUCUUCUAUACCUAUUGGAAAAGUAUUGACUUUAUGCUGUCCAUAGUACACGUAAACUGCGUUAGACUAAAUGUGAACUAAAGACUCUUUACAUCAGCCACAGUUGAAAAAACUUUCAUUUUAGAAACUGUUUUGGGGGUAAUGACCCCGUAUUUAAAACUCCGAAGGGUUUUAAACUGCAGAAUUACAGUAUUAAAUGAGAAAAGUAAUGAGCUUGUGAUAAUUAUGUGCUUUUAAUGUUGUAAUUACUUAGAUUACGUUCCAUAACCUGUCAUUUUAAAAGUGAUUAAAGAUUAGUUUACUUGAAAGUGCCAAGUGGACAUAGAUCACUGAACAUACAUUUUUUUUUUUGGACUUGAUAAAAGUUGGUGAUUUCAAAGAUAGAUCUUUCUAUAAAAUGUAAGUGUAAUCAUGCUUUGUUAAUCAUUUUUGAGGAAUAUAAUACAAAAAAAAAAAUGUUUAUGAGAAGCCCAUCAAUCUUGUGAUUAUAAUAAUUGGGUAUAGUAAUUAAUUUAUUAAUUUGACUCCAUUAAACCAGUAGUAUAUCUUCGAUAUAUGUGGCUUAUAUUUAAUGUGAAUAUUAUGGUUGUAUAUGUAUAUCUGUAAGCCUGCUGUAAUUUAUUUAUUUCUUAUUUAGCAAGACUGACCAUCAUCUUGUUAGGUUUAUACAUAUAUAUAGUUACUGCCAUAGAAAUAUCUUUCAUUUUCAUGUUAAUAACAUAAUAGAGAACCAUCGGCAUAAUGUAAAUAUAGCAAUUACUCUACUGAAUUCAAUAAAUUUUUACUUGAUAAA